ACAUAGUUUCUGUUAAGAUUCUUAAAAAUAUGGUUAACAUUUUUCCUGUUUAGUGUGUAUACAGUAAGCACACAACAUUAAUAGACUAGCAAAUAUAUCCUCAGGUCCACUGGCUGAAACUAAUUCCUAGUACUCCAUUGUUCUCUUUCAAAGAAAGUAACAAGUCUUGGAAAAUGACAGCUAACCAAUUGGUCAAAUUGCAUUAUCUAUUUCACCAAACCAGCAACCUAUGGCUGUAUAUUAAGAGGAGGCUCUCUUAUGGUAGGAAAACACAAAGUUCAGAGAAAAAACUAUGCUAGGAGUACCUUUUCUUCUGUUCUCUUGGUUUCUUUUUCGUCCUUCUUUAUUGUUAGGAACCUCAGCAGAGAGGUUUACUUACAUUGUCCACUUGGACAAAUCUUCUAUGCCUAAAAUCUUUGCUAGUCAUCAGAACUGGCAUUCUUCCAUUAUUGAUACCAUCAAGAUUGAAGUUCCCAUUUCAAAAAAUGAUCACCAUCCAGCUCCAAAACUUCUUUAUUCGUAUGACAAUGUCAUUGAUGGAUUCAGUGCUGUCUUGUCUAAAGAUGAGCUUGAAUCCCUCAAGACUUCAGCAGGUUUCCUUUCGGCUUAUAAAGAUAGGACUGUUGAAGCUCACACAACUUAUACCUCUGAGUUUCUUAAGCUCAAUCCUGCUUCUGGGCUAUGGCCGGCUUCUGGUUUUGGUCAAGAUGUGAUCGUUGGUGUACUCGACUCUGGUGUUUGGCCAGAAUCUGCCAGUUUCAGUGAUGAUGGAUUAUUUGAAGUUCCCAAAAAGUGGAAGGGAAUUUGCAAGCCAGGAACACAGUUCAAUUCUUCAAUGUGCAACAGGAAACUCAUUGGAGCGAAUUAUUUCAAUAAGGGACUUUUGGCUAGCGAUCCUACUGUGAAGAUUUCUAUGAAUUCUGCCAGAGACACUAAUGGUCAUGGCACUCAUGUUGCUUCCAUUGCUGCUGGUAGUUUUGCUAAAGGAGUCUCAUAUUUCAGAUAUGCUCCUGGAACAGCAAGAGGUAUGGCCCCACGGGCUAGGAUAGCUGUGUAUAAGUUUAGCUUUGAAGAAGGAACCUUUACUUCUGAUUUAAUUGCUGCUAUGGACCAAGCUGUUGCAGAUGGUGUUGACAUAAUAACAAUUUCUUAUGGGUGGGAUAAUAUUCCAUUGUAUAAAGAUUCUAUUGCAAUAGCUUCUUUUGGUGCCAUGAUGAAGGGUGUCUUAGUCUCUGCUUCAGCUGGAAAUAAUGGUCCUGAAAUGGGAACUUUAGCCAAUGGAGUCCCCUGGAUCUUUACCGUGGCAUCAUGCAGCACUGACCGAUCAUUUUCCGGGACUUUAACUCUUGGGAAUGGCUUAAAGAUUGCUGGAUUUAGCUUGUUUCCGGUAAGAACCACCAUCAAGGAUUUUGCUUUCGUUAAGAAUGAAAGUUUAUCCACUUGUGAUUCAUCAGACCAAUUACCCCAAAUCCCUAAUGCUGAACGUAGCAUCAUAAUUUGUUAUAGCAGUGCAGUAGAAGUAGAGGAACAAAUGGCGGCUAUCUCAGAGUCAAGAUUUGGAGGAGCCAUCUAUAUUUCUGAUGAUCCAGAUGUAUUGACAUCCAAUUUUUUUACAAAUCGUGGAGCUGUGAUAAGCACCAAGGAAGGGAAACGAGUGAUAGACUAUGCAACCAAAAGUGUUAGACCUAAAGCCAGCAUCAGUUUCCAGGAAACACAUAUUGAUGUAAAGCCAGCUCCAGUUGUUUCUGCAUUUUCCUCGAGAGGCCCCUCACGAAGCUAUCUGCAAGUUGCAAAGCCAGAUAUUGUGGCACCAGGAGUGUUAAUUUUAGCAGCCUGGCCAUCGAAUGUUUCAGCUGCUGUUAUUGGUGUCAAUACAUUUUUAGAUAGUGAUUACCGUCUUUUAUCAGGUACUUCCAUGGCUGCUCCUCACAUUGCUGGAAUCGCUGCAAUGCUGAAAGGAGCACAUCCUGAUUGGAGUCCGUCAGCUAUUCGGUCUGCCAUGAUGACCACUGCCAACCCUUUGGAUAAUACUGCAAAACCCAUCAAAGCCGCGGAUGAUAAGAAAUAUGCCACAUCAUUAUCCAUGGGAGCUGGACUCGUUGAUCCAAACCGUGCUGUUGAUCCAGGCCUGAUAUAUGAUGCCACUCCACAAGACUACGUGAACCUUCUCUGCUCUAUGAAUUUCACAGAAGCACAAUUCAAAUCCAUUGCUAGAUCAUCAGCUAAGCACAACUGCUCAAAUCCAUCCACUGAUAUCAAUUACCCAUCAUUUAUUGCUCUCUUUAGCCCAAUUGGUAACUACACUUGGUUGGAGCAGAAAUUCAGGAGGACAGUCACGAAUGUUGGAGCUGGUGCAGUUAAGUAUAAAGCAAAAGUGAGAGAACCAAAAAACACGACAAUUUCUAUCUCACCGCGGACCUUGGUGUUUGAGAAGAAAAAUCAGAAGAAGGACUACACUCUGACCAUACGUUACAAAGGCAAUGCAGAAGACCAAGCACAAUCUGGUUCAAUCACUUGGGUGGAAGAGAACGGUCAUCACACUGUAAGAAGUCCUAUAGUAGUAGCUCCAGAGAUUGACGCCUGGACCUGAAAUGCUGCAGUUGACAAAACUGUUGCACUAGUAAGUUUGUAACGCUCUAAGAGAGUUCUGUUAUAGUAGCUGGAAACAUGUUGACAAUUCAUGACAUAUAUGUCUUUGUUGGGUCAUCAAUAAUGCAUGGCUUUCUUGCUCUUUAA